AUGGCCAACAUCGCCCCUUCAGCCCUGAGGCAGGCAUCGCGCCUGGCGUCGAAGCCAUCUCUCGCUGCUGCCCCGCGACGCAGUGUGCCGACGUUGCCGCGUGCAUUGCCAGUAAACGCGCGUGCGGCUUGCAAGAGGUGUUAUGUGACGCAAACUAAGCCCGACCAUGCUCAGGUCCAGGUCGACACCGCGAUUCGGCUGGAUCGGGCGGCGUUAGAAAAGGCGGGGGCGACCUUGGAGACGACACAGACUGGGUCGACGCAGCAUGUUAGCCCCAUGGCUGAUGUCCUCAAGCAAGCCGUUAAGCUAGACGAGGGCCAGCGGCCUAUCUACCUAGACAUGCAGGCCACAACACCGGUGGAUCCGCGGGUCCUCGAUGCCAUGUUACCAUAUUACUCCGGCGUGUUCGGUAAUCCGCAUUCGAGGACACACGCAUAUGGGUGGGAAAGCGAGCACGCUGUCGAGCAGGCUCGAGAGUAUAUCGCAAAGUUGAUCGGCGCGGACGCGAAGGAGAUUAUCUUCACCAGCGGCGCUACAGAAAGCAAUAACAUGAGCAUCAAAGGUGUAGCGAGAUUCUUCGGCCGAUCGGGGAAGAAGAAGCACAUCAUCACCAGCCAAACAGAGCACAAGUGCGUCCUCGACAGCUGCCGGACAUUACAGGACGAAGGCUUCGAUGUUACCUACCUCCCCGUCAACAACAAUGGCCUGAUUGACCUUGAGAAGCUCAAGGAAGCUAUUACUCCCGAGACAGCACUCGUGAGUAUCAUGGCGGUCAACAACGAAAUUGGGGUCAUCCAACCCUUAGCGGAGAUCGGCAAGAUUUGCCGGGAGAAAAAGGUGUUCUUUCACACCGAUGCUGCCCAGGCGGUCGGCAAAAUUCCGCUUGACGUCAAUGCCAUGAACGUGGACUUGAUGUCGAUUUCGUCUCACAAGAUUUACGGGCCCAAGGGGAUUGGUGCUUGCUACGUUCGUCGCCGGCCAAGAGUGAGACUGGAGCCCCUCAUCAGCGGCGGUGGCCAGGAGCGUGGCUUGCGCAGCGGUACGCUGGCUCCUGCUCUCGUUGUUGGGUUUGGAGAGGCGUGCCGCAUCGCCGCGGAAGAGAUUGAGUACGAUCACAAGCGAGUCAAGUCUCUUUCGGACCGUCUGCUCAACGGCCUGCUGUCAAUGGAGCAUACCAACCAAAAUGGCGACCCGGACCACUUCUACCCCGGUUGUGUGAACGUGUCGUUUGCCUAUGUCGAGGGUGAGUCUCUCCUUAUGGCACUCAAGGACAUCGCUUUGUCAUCUGGCAGUGCCUGCACCUCGGCCUCGCUUGAGCCCAGCUAUGUGUUGCGGGCGCUUGGCAACAGCGACGAGAAUGCCCAUUCCAGUAUUCGCUUCGGCAUCGGCCGGUUCACCACCGAAGCCGAAAUCGACUAUGUUUUGAAGGCUGUCAAGGAGCGCGUCGGUUUCCUCCGCGAGCUGAGCCCUUUGUGGGAGCUUGUCCAGGAAGGCGUUGACCUCAACACAAUUGAGUGGACUCAACACUGA